GUUGAUUUGAGUUGCUUUCCAAACAUGACGACUUCACAACUUUCUUUAUUUAUAAAUAUUUUAACAUUUUUAACACUUUGUGAGUCAAAUCAAAAUAAAAGAAAUCCUAAUAUUUUAUUUAUAGUUGUCGACGACUUACGCCAUCUUUCGGACGAAACUAUCAACUUACCGAAUUUGAAAAGAUUAGCUGAUGAGGGGGCGAAUUUCAAAAACGCUUUCGCACAGCAAGCCCUCUGCGCUCCAAGUAGAAACUCCAUGUUGACUGGCCGUCGACCAGACACAUUGCGUUUAUAUGAUUUCUACAGCUACUGGCGUGACACAGUAGGAAACUUCACUACCCUUCCCCAAUUCUUCAAAGAGAACGGCUAUGACACUUAUUCUAUAGGAAAAGUGUUUCAUCCAGGAAUAAGUUCAAACUUCACUGAUGAUUAUCCCUACAGCUGGUCUGAAUAUCCUUACCAUCCACCCACAUUAAAAUAUAAAGAUGCAGCCGUAUGCAAAGAUAAGGACACUGGAAAAUUCCAGAAAAACCUCAUAUGUCCAGUAAAGAUUGAUGAUCAACCGCAAGGCACUUUACCAGAUUUGCAGUCUUUGGAACAUGCUGUCAAUAUUCUUACAAAUAGGAAUAACACACGACCAUUUCUGCUAGCGAUUGGGUUUUAUAAACCUCACAUACCAAUCAAGUUUCCAGAAGAAUAUCUUGAAAGAAUACCAAUAAACCGAGUAAGACCUCAAAGACACCCUUACAUGUCGGCUGACAUUCCCCUAGUCUCCUGGCACCCCUGGACAGACGUCAGGCGAAGAGAUGACAUCGCCCGCCUAAACAUAUCCUUUCCUUUAGGCACAAUGCCACUUGAUUGGUCAAUCAAAAUCAGGCAAAGUUACUACGCAGCCGCGGCAUAUAUUGACGAUUUAAUUGGUGAAUUGAUCAGUUAUAUCGAUAGACGGAAUACUAUUGUGGUUCUAACAAGUGAUCAUGGAUGGUCGUUAGGAGAGAAUGGUCUAUGGGCAAAAUACAGCAACUUCGACGUGGCCUUGAAGGUUCCAUUAAUAUUUUCAGCUCCAGGUAUAUCUUCUAGAAACAUACAUACCCCAGUCGAGUUGAUUGACCUUUUCCCUACACUAGUCGACAUGAGUGGUUUACCGCAUAACUUACCAAAAUGUGGUGUCAAAGAUAAAUCAACGUUAUGUUUUGAGGGGAAGAGUUUAAAACCUUUUAUGACCCAAGACUUUAGGGAAUUUGGAAGUAAUUUUGCUUUUAGCCAAUACCCGAGACCAAGUGUGUACCCUCAGAUGAACUCUGAUAAACCACGCCUAAAGGACAUUAGAAUAAUGGGCUACAGUAUAAGAACAAAAAGAUAUAGAUACACAGAAUGGGUUUUAUUCAAUAACACAUUAUUUACAAUCGACUGGAACAAAUUAUACGGCUUAGAACUAUACGAUCACUUUGUAGAUCCUGAUGAAUCUAACAAUUUAUAUUUGGUACAUAAAUAUAAAAAUAUUAAACAAUAUCUCUCUAGGUUGUUAAGAUCACACGUUAAUUUAACAAUUUAAGGACGCGUUCUCAUAAUUGAUAGGUAUCGAAUCGCAUCACUACAUUGACACGACUCUCGACAAUACACACAUACGCACGGAUAACUGCGGAAAUUAUGACAAAAUGAACUUGAUACUUUGAAAGUUUGAAUAUUUUCUUACUUUCUUUUUUAAUAUUUUUAUUUUAUUUAGUGCGUGCGUAGACUCAAAUGUUUUGUGUUAUCUGUUGUUCAAUUCCGUUCAGUGCCGAAUUUGGGCUCGGAUUAUUCGAUUGGUGUCAUUUUCAUAGUUUUCGGAAAGUAAGCGUUCGAAAUCAAAAAUCAAAUGGUGCCAACGCAAAACUAACUUUUUACAUGCUUUUAUUUAGUUUCAUAUGUAAAGGAUGUAUGUAUGUGUGUUUGUUUGUAUGUUUCUAUAUAACCGACCUCUUCCAACUCGAUUUUUACCCAUUUUAAACGGACCGAUUUCGUUCAA